UCGAUCGCAGCGUUCGUCCAUGGCCAGUUGCGAGGGUUGCGAGAGGUUUUCAUCCGAGUUUUACGGCUGUUUUUGCCCGAUAUGCCCUGAUUCCCUUUGUCCUGAGUGCCUCAUUUUUCUACCGUUCGUAAGGUAGCGCCGCGAUAAAUGAAGAGCGGCGAUAGACAAACGCAUUGUUCGAGUGACAGCCCGUUCAUCGGCGUACUACGGUUGCAGUGAGUAAGGGACAAAUCAGCCGUCAAUGCACGCUGCACAUCGCAUCGACAGUGGACGCCUCUUUGCGACUGUUCGUCGCGGCCGCGGUCACAGCCCCUCGGAUUAGGCCGAUUGUCAUCGGACUUUCUACAGAGUAUAAGGUUCACCCAAGAUUGCAGGACGAAGAUGCCCCUUACCCGGGUGGAGUUGCUGCCCCUGUCGGUGUUUAUUCUGUUGCCCGGUACUUUCAUCCUCACAUACUUGAUCUCGAUUGCUCUUGGCCACGUUGAAGCCGACUUUCCAUACAUCAGCGACACUGGCACGUACGCUCCAGAGAGCUGCAUCUUCAGCCAACUGCUCAAUUUGUGCGCUGCCCUGAUGGCUGGCACCGUGUAUGUGCGCUAUAAGGAAGUGGAGCAGUAUUACCGGGACCACCUUUCCCAGGAGUCUCCAAAGGUGCUACGGCUCAACAGGGCCGGGCUUUGGCUCGGCUGGAUGGCUUCUCUCGGAGUUUCCAUCGUGGCAAACUUUCAGGAGACUGAAGUGCUGUACGUCCACUUGUGCGGGGCAUUCCUGGCGGUUGGGGUGGGCACAGCCUACACAUGGGUCCACACACGGAUGAGUUUCCACAUGCAGCCGCUCGUCAACACGCUGACCGUCGCUCGGCUGCGGCUACUCCUGUCCGUACUGGCCACGGUGGCCUUCAUUUCAACUGCUAUUACGGCGCCGUUGUCGUUCAGCAAGUUUCACGGGAAGGACCGGACAAAGUGGAAACCGGAGGACGGGGGUUACCACUUACACGUGGCCAGCACGGCAUCCGAAUGGAUCCUGGUAUUUGCGGUGGACCUGUACCUGCUCACCUUUGUGCGGGAGCUCCGCCAGAUCUGCCUCAUUUCGCCCAAAGUGCAGUUUCUGGUGGAAAGCGUGCACCCCUCCACGUCGAACGACGUGUACCACACACAAGACCACCUGGAAAUUGCUCACUCGCCGGCCCCGCAGCUUUCCACCAGCACCAACGACCUUGCCGUGGUGACCACCCGUGCGCUCGUGCAUUAGUCGACCCGACGUCGUCGAAAACCGUUCUCGUUCGUUAUACAUUUAAUUCGUUCACGUUCUAACGCGGUUCUUCUAGGACUAUAACUGAGCUUAUUUAGGGGCUUGGGGCUUUGUAUCCUCGUUGUUUUCGUUUUUCUUAACAACCUGACUACAACUGAGCCUGUUCGACUAUACCCCUAAAAAAACUCUGAGCAGAUGUGCUCGCUCGCUGAUCUGAACCCUCGGUCAACAGCCCGUGGGGGUAUCGCUUUCUUGAAGGUGCACGCGUGGUCGUUUCUCGUGCAGCGUCUAUCGUUUCCCCUGUGUACAGCUUUAGGGAGUGACGAGUGACUCACAAAAAAAAAAAAGAAGUAUUUUUUAUUUACCCCGUGCCCUUUAUCACGAAGGACCGUCGUCACGACGCACGGGACUCUUUGUGUGCCUCGAGUUGACUUGCCGGUGUAAUUUAUUUUGUUGGGUUUCUGGCAGACUUUAUUUUUUUUUUUUGUUCGAUCACGUUGUUGCAUUUGCUGCCGAACUCGGGAAUUCCGGUAUUGAGAUGUGUGCAUGUGCCGCGGUUUUCGGAAGAUGGUGGGGCAUUACGUCUCUGUGGCGGUCCUUCGGGACUACGAGAUCUUUUUUAUUUUUUUUUUUCCCCGUGGCAUUUUCGGGCAUUCAUCUCGUGUACAAGCUGCGUGUCUGCAAAUUGGGGUCAAGCUUGGUGAGGAGCGAACGGACAAACUCUUUGGGAAGUCAUGCCGCGUUUUUAUUUCCGAACAGUCUCUCGAGACUGCCUGUUAUAUGUAUGUUCGAAACAUGAAUCCUGCUGCCGCAGUUUGUAUUUUAGUUGCGAUUGUGAAAUAUAUUUUGACCUGAUAAGAA